AUGGCAGAACCUCAGGAAUACCUGUCGGACGGCAGUCCGCUGAUCACGGCAGCCCAGCAGGGCAAACUCCGCCUGGUAAGGCUUCUGCUGGAGGGUGGCGCUCAAGUGAACGAGAGCAAUCAGCGCGGCGAAACCCCGCUUCUGGUGGCGUGCAAGGCCAUGCGGGGGGACCAGAGUGGCUGCAGCGUCAUGCUGAAACUUGUGCGUUUUCUGCUGAAGCACGGAGCCGAGCCCAAUGUGCAGGACAAAACCGGCCGCACUGCCCUCAUGUACGCCUGCAUUGAGCGGGCAGGGGCGGAGGUGGCCUCCACCCUCAUCGUGGCAGGGGCUGACCCGAGCAUGGAGGACUACUCGGGGGCCUCAGCGCUCGUCUACACCAUCAACUCACAGCAACAGGAGACACUGCGGGUGCUACUGGACGCGUGUCGGGCCAAGGGCCGUGACAUCAUCAUCAUCGCCACCGACCUGAGCCCAGGUGGGGGUGCUGUGACCCGCCGCUACCUGAAUGUGCCCCCAUCACCGGACUCCUCGCCGGUGUCCUGCAUGUCGCCCUCGGACAUUGAGCUGAAGACCGGCUCCCCUGGCUCCGAGGCGGACGGCGGGAACAUAUUUAAUUUUCGGGCGGUGGAGAACAAAAGGGGCAGUCGAGGAGCUGCCAGCUCCCCUGGUGCGACAGGGGAGAUUGCCAAGCACCAGCGCCUGCGGUCAGAACCCUGGUUGGCCGUCCACAACCUGGCACACCUAAACCGUGCCUACGAGGAGGGCCUAAGGCAGAAGGGCAUGCAGGAAGAAGAGGAGGAAGACACUACAGACUCCAUGCUCUCCACUGAUAUAGCAGCUUCACUGCAACAGAUGAGCCUCACUCCUGUCUGUAGUCAGUCAGACUUACAUUCUUCUCAGACACCUCAUGGUAAACCUGACACUGGGAGGAUAUCUAUGAGGGGGAGCACAGAGAAACUUUCAGUCAGGCCAGGACCACAGGUGCGUUGUGGCCGCCGCAACACUCUGCCCUCACUGGCCCCGCCUCCCCUGCUCCAGUUGCCACCGUUGACGUUAAACUACUCCAGAUCAGAUUCUUACCUUCAGAACCAGCUUGGUCUGCACGCAGAACCCAGACCUCUCUCCUCUGCCAGCUCUGAAAGCUUAUCAGUGUUAGUUCCUGACGGUGUUCAAAUGAACUCAAAUGAACUUCCUUCUGGUAAGAAACCGCUACCGGGGCAUAAUUGUGGAGUGAGGCCACAGGCACGUGUGGGCAGUUUCCUGCCUCCGCUGCCCGUUAACCGUGCCAAAUUUUCUGGGUGCAGCGUGGAUAUGCCGCUGGGCCCCAACAUGGCAGAGCCACAGCCCCAUGGACACUGCCAGUGGCAGAGGAAGUUCUCUCGGAGGCACUCUGUACAACUGGAAGACAUGGGCCACAGCGGGAGCACAGAGGAAUACAUUUAUGUCCUGUAA